CAGUAACGAAAACAAAAAUCAUGGCGUCCUUACUCUAUGCGCUUCGUCCUUGGAUCGUCCUUCUCCUGAUGAUCCAUACUUCACUUGCUAAGCCACUAUGCCAUCCGGACGAGAGCUCCGCCUUGAUGGAAUUCAAGCGAAGUUUCCGAAUCGACACAGAUCAAAUUCGGUGUGUUUAUCCGAAGGUUGAAUCGUGGCCACAAGAUGGACAUGGAGAUUGCUGCUCAUGGGAUGGCGUCGAGUGCAACGAGGCCAAUGGUCACGUGACAGGUCUUGACCUUAGUAGCAGCUGCCUCUUUGGUAUCAUAACUUCCAACACCAGCCUAUUUCGCUUGCUUCACUUGGAAUCGCUCAAUCUCGCUUUGAAUGACUUCAACUCUUCCUCGAUCCCAUACGGUUUCGGCGGCCUUUCCAGGUUACGUUACCUUAAUCUCUCUAUAUCAGAAUUUUCAGGAAAGGUCCCCGCGGAUAUCUCAAGGCUCUCGAGAUUAAUUUCUCUUGACUUGUCUUCUGAGUGGGCAUCUCUUGAGAUGCCCAACGUAGAGAACUUUGUUCAGAACUUAACUAUGCUUAGAGAACUCGAUCUCUCUUCCAUUACCAUGGCAUCUCCAUUCCCUCAUGUACUUGCAAACCUCUCUUCUUUGAAGUCGCUUAAACUUAGUAAAUGUGGAUUGCAUGGAGUACUUCCAGUAAGCAUCUUUCAAUUACCAAGACUGGAAGUCCUCGACAUCAGUUACAAUGGCAAACUUUCUGGUUUUAUUCCAGAACAACAGUGGGGUAAUCCCCUUAAGUCAUUGUCUCUUGGGGGAACGAUUUUGUCGGGUUCACUUCCCUCUUCACUGAGUAACCUUUCUCAGCUUGCUUAUCUGGAUCUACAAAGAAGUAAAUUUAUGGGUCAAAUCCCUGCUUCCCUCGCUAACCUUACGCAGCUAUCGUAUCUAGAUCUCUCUGUCAAUAAUUUCACGGGCGAUAUUUCGCAUUGGCUUGGCAACUUGGCAAGACUCAACUAUUUGGACCUUUCAGAUAACCAGCUAAGUGGUCAACUUCCAUCUUCAUUUGAGAACCUGACGCAGUUGGUUAGGCUUAACCUUUCAUUCAACAAUUGGCAAUGUGAAAUUCCGAACUCUCUAUGGGAACUCAAGGGUCUUGGAUAUCUGGAUCUUGGGAGGAAUAAUUUCAGUGGCACCGUGGAUUUACACAAACUCAAGAACUUGGAAUCAUUACUUCUGGACUUCAACAACAUUUCAUUUGUCAGCAAGCCCGAGAUCAAUGCCACUCUUCCAAAACUUUCCACCGUAAGUUUAGUUUCAUGCAACUUACGUGAGUUCCCAAGGUUUUUAGGCUACCUUAAGGGAUUGGAGUGGGUAGAUCUGUCGAACAAUAAAAUCGGAGGGAGUGUUCCUUCAUGGAUGUGGAAUGGUAGCAGAGAAACAUUGAUGGAUAUGGGUCUCUCUCACAAUUAUCUCACUGACUUUGAGAACGGCCAUAUCAAUCUGCCAAUGUUGACGUACAUGGACCUUUCUCACAAUUUGCUCACUAGCUUUGUGAACAACCAGAUCAAUCAAUCACUACCCAUGCUGACCUAUCUUGACAUUAGUUCUAACUCGCUCAAAACAGCACUUCCCAGUCCACCUCCAUUAGCUGUUUAUUACAAUAUCUCCAACAACUUCCUCUUCGGAGAAAUUCAAUCUAUUUGUAGAGCAAGAUCUCUUGUCAUCCUUGAUUUGUCCAUCAAUAGGCUGAAUGGCGGAAUUCCUUCUUGUCUGGGAAAUAUGGUUUCUUUGUCGAUUUUGAAUCUUGGGGAAAAUAAACUCGAGGGCAUGAUUCACCAUGAUUACCCGAAAGGUUGUGCAUUGAAGAUUAUUGACCUUACAAAUAAUCGACUGCAAGGGCCUAUCCCAAGAUCUUUGGCUAAUUGUUCAAUGCUAGAGUAUUUGAACCUUGGUUACAAUCAAAUGCAUGAUAGAUUCCCUUCAUGGCUAUCGAAAUUGACCAAGCUAAAAGCUAUUAUCCUGAAAUCCAACAAAUUCCAUGGUCCAGUGGAAACACAUCAAAACCAGUUUAACUUCAGCAAUUUGCAUAUCUUGGACCUUUCAAACAAUGGUUUCAAUGGUGUACUUCCUUCCAAGUUGUUGCAGAGCUUCCAUGCCAUGAAAGUGAUUGUUAGUCAAGAUCAAUUGGAAUAUAUUCAUACUUCUCAAAGGCUCCCUCAGUCCCUGGAUACAGCUAUAGCAAUUGUGGCUUAUGAUAUGAAAUUGAUGAACAAAGGCACAGAGAGAGAAUACUCGAAGGUUCCAUAUGCCCUUAUGGGAAUUGACCUCUCCAAUAACAAAUUCGAAGGAUGCAUACCUGAUCUCGUUGGAGAUUUGAAGUCACUUAUUUCACUUAAUCUUUCAAAUAACAUUCUUACCGGUUCCAUCCCGCCUUCCAUAGCAAACUUGACAGUGCUUGAAUCUCUAGAUCUUUCUCGAAACAAGCUCUCUGGAGAGAUCCCUCAACAGCUAGCUCAACUGACGUUUCUGUCAUCUUUUGAUGUCUCUCAUAAUCAACUGUCUGGGCCAAUACCACGAGGGAGUCAAUUCAACACAUUCGGGACCAGUUCAUUUGCCAUGAAUGAGGGGUUGUGUGGAAGUCCUUUGCCAAAAAAAUGCACAGCGGUUGGGGAUAAUAUACCAUUACCACCAUCACCGCUCAAGGAAGAAAAUGACAAUGAUUCUAUAUUCGACUUGGAUUGGAAAGUUGUGCUAAUAGGUGCCGGAGCUGGGUUUUUUAUCGGCGUUGUGCUGGGGAACUUGAUCAUUGACGAGAAGAGUAGGUGGUUCUUGUACUACUCCAAGAUGAUGGCAAAGAGAUGGAAAACACCGAGAAGGCAUCGAAUAAUAAGGAGUCGUGCGCGCAAUUAGAUACUUACAUGACACUGGUUAGUUUUUUUAAUUAUCGCAUAUCUAGUUUGUAUUAAACAUUGGAAAAAUUAGGACAUACAGCGUCAAUGCGUAGAAAAAAUUUCACAUAAGUAGUUUCAUCCACCCUUGAUUUAAGGGAACAUAAAUUUUGGCUCUCUCCGCUAAAUGGUGUGUAAUGCCGAUUGUGUAAAAAAAAAAAUUACACCGCCAGUGUAUGCUAUAAUUACUCAAAAUAAGUAUAGAGCUCUAAGAUUCUAAUCCGUGUUUGCUUCAUGUUGAACUAGUGUUUUCCAUUAGUUCUUAUACGUAAAUCCUGUUUUCUUGUUCAUUAUUUGCAUCUUUCUAUCUGUUUUUUCCUUGGAAAAUCAUAUUAUAUAAUGAUAUAAUGCAACAUAGACAUAGGCAAUUCCUUGGAAAAUCAUAUUAUGUGCGAAGCAGCACUAACUUUCACUUCUUGGCUGUAUAAAGAAUCCAAUUUCGGACAUUCGCUGCUUACAAAAUCUGAUUGUGGAAAGCUACUGAAUAUUGGAGCUGGCGAGCUCAGCAUACUCUCUUGCACAUCUCUAGUUGCAACUU